CAUACCAGAAAGCAGUGAGUCGCGAAGCAUAUUCAAAUCAAUAUUUAUUUCUUCGCGUGGUCUAAAAUGAAAGUAUUCACAGUUUCAAUUGUCAUGGCAAUACUUUGUACCCUGUCAUCUUGUCAGGAUAGCUCAGCUGCCGAUGAAACUGCAACUACCGUCAUUUCAAGUACAACUGUCGACAGUUCAGUUGGCACAACGAGUGCCGGAGAAGCUGACGGACUUACAAAUUCAAGCACUGGAUCACAACCAGAUCAAGUUACAACACCAGCAAGUGCACCAGCAACUGUACCAACAACCGCGGGCAGUUCGAGGGAAUCGGACAAAAGUGAAACAACAACCAUGAGCUAUAGUCAGUGGAAAGAAGAGACUGAAAGAAGACUAGAUGAAAAAUAUGAAGGGAUAAAAAGAGAGGAUUUAGACAGGGCCAUCAAUGAUUUGGCGAGGAAUAUUCAAAGCGCUCUUGCUAAACCUGGUCUAUCUGGUGCCAAACAAGCAGACCUAAAUUACGCCUACAAUUUAUUAAUGAAAGCUAUUGCCAACAAUGACACGAGUGUUAAGAAAGCUGCCUAUGACGAAGCGCUACAUAUACUGAUCAGCGUCUUGUCUAUGCUGAAUGUGGCAGUGCCAGUUUGAGCUGAUUUUAUAAUAAUGUAUAUAAAAAUACCAUCACUGAUGAUGCAAAUAGUUUAUAUUAUAAGAGAUACCUUAAGUUCUAUGGUUAUUUAUAAAAUCCGAUCCAGAUUUGAAA